AUAGCAUUCUCCCUGUGCAUGGAGAAUUAGAUUUCCUUGUUUAAUUUGUGUUUUCAACUUCAACAACCAGAACCUAUAGAAGCAAAACAAAUUGCAGACUCCGUUAUUAAUUGGUCCCCAAUUCAUUCACAAAAUGACACAUGUGCAGCCAUGUUUUUCUCGCUGUUGACAUGCACAAAGUAGUACCAUUUUUUCAUGGGAUAUUUCCACUAUUCUCUCUCUGUACUUGAACAUGUCACUGUCCUUCUUCUUCUUAAAAACUGUGUGCUACAAACUCCCUAUGCAGAAGAACAUGUUCAUAGGGAAAAGCUAGAAGAGGGAGUUUCAUGAGUUUCUAGAUUCUAGCUUGUAGAUUCUAUUCAAGAAGUUACAAAACAAAAAUUGCUUUUACCUUAACUCAGACAACUUGGUUUGGUGAACCAUGAACAACAGUAUUCGAGGUUGGGAUUUUGAGAGUGAUACUUGUCUCAACAACCAAAGAAAGUUAGUAAGGCCGGACCAAGAAUUUGUGGAGCUCUUAUGGCAAAAUGGACAAGUAGUUAUGCACAGCCAAACACAUAAGCAACCAGUUGGGAACUCAUCUAACUUGAGACAGGUUCAGAAAACUGAUCAAUCAACAUUAAGGACUAGUGGGCCAUAUGAGAACUCUAGCAAGCUGGAUCAAGAAAACGCAGCCCCAUGGAUCCAAUACCCAUUUGAGGACCCAUCGGAGCAAGAAUUUUGUUCAAACCUUUUACCUGAGCUACCACCUUGUGAAGUUGAAUCUUACAAGCCAAUCAGGCAAAUGGAAGAGGGAAAAAAUGCCAAUUUUUUUGCCUCUAGUGCCCCUCAUCUUACUUCAAUUUCACAACCUCUACCACCUAACAUGAAACCCUCCAGUGUUGAGGGAUUCCAAGGGAAUCCUAUGCCUGCUCCAAGAUUCCAUGUCUCAGAUCCAUUCCAGAAAAUCAAUGACUUUGGUGCAUCAGGCAAGGUCCUAAACUUUCCUCACUUUUCAACACCCCGUUAUGUUUCUUCAGCAUCUCAAAAAACUAGUGCUAACACGUCACAAGGAGAGGCUGGAGAGUACUCAGUGAUCACAGUUGGUUCAAGUCACUGUGGCAGCAACAACAUCCCUCAAGACCAAGAUGUUAGCAGGAUAUCAAGCAAUGGUAUUUGGGCCACUGCUAAUAAUGCUACUUUAUCUGCCGAGCCUGAAGCUGUUAGAGAUUGUGUCCGGAGACCAGUUCAUAGGAGUGACAAGGGAAAAUCAGAGAUGAUUGAACCAACUGUGACUUCAUCUUCCGGUCGCUCAGGCAGUACUGGUAUUGGAAGAACCUGUUCCUUAUCAACAAGAGAUCAUGGCCUAAAGAGAAAAGGAACAGAAGAAGAAGCGUCAGAGGAGCAAAGUGAGGCCACAGAACUUAAAUCAGCUGAUGAAAAUAAAACAUCUCAGCGAACGGGGUCUUCCAGAAGGAACCGUGCAGCUGAAGUGCACAACCUAUCAGAAAGGAGAAGAAGAGAUAGGAUCAACGAGAAGAUGAGGGCAUUGCAGCAAUUGAUACCUAACAGUAACAAGACAGACAAAGCAUCCAUGUUAGAAGAGGCAAUCGAAUACUUGAAAUCACUUCAGUUUCAACUUCAGGUAAUGUGGAUGGGGACUGGUAUGACACCAAUAAUGUUUCCAGGAAUUCAGCACUACAUGUCACAGAUGGGACUGGUUGCACCUUCUUUGCCUUCCAUUCACAAUCAUAUGCAAUUUCCAAAAUUGGCACAUGAUCAGACUCAGAUGCCAAACCAAACUUUAAUGUGUCAAAAUCCAGUUUUGGGUGCAUUUAAUUACCAAAACCAGAUGCAAAACCCGUGCCUUUCAGAACAAUAUGCACGUUACAUGGGUUACCAUCUUAUGCAAAGUCCAUCUCAGGCAAUGAAUGCGUCGAGAUAUGGUUCGGAAGCAGUGCAACAUAGUCAAACAAUGAUUGCACCCACCAAUAAUAGUAGCGGACCCAUGAGCGGAACAGCUAAUGUUGAUGAUGCUGUUAGUGGCAAAACGAGUAAGCCACUAGAUACAUUCAACCUUUUUUUGGAUUUUUAUUCCCAACAACUCUAGUUAAGAGACGACGAAAAUAACUUUUUCUGAUCAUUUCACAUUUUAUUAUAACGAGUGCUAUAAGUAUGAAAUAAUUCUUGUCUUAUAAUUAUUGAAGUCAAAUAAAAUGAAAAUUAUUUCAAUUUUUAUAUAUUAUUAUAAUCAUCUCACCGAUCAAUUUUUGAGAUGGUUAAUAUGAUGUCCAUUGUAAGAAUUUGAUAUUUGUUUUACUUAGACUAAUGACAUGUCAGUAAAUUAUGUUAAUGAUAUUUUAGGAACUAUUAAAAUAUUAACUUGAUUUUUAUAUAUAAAAAAAUUAAUUAAAAGAGAUUUUUUUAAAAAAAUAGUUUAAUUCCCUUCUAUUUCCAUGUUUUCGCAUAUGGUAAUUAAUCCAAACGUUUAAUUUCCAAAAAAAAAAAAAAAAAGAGUUUAGUUU